UGGAUCUUAGGCAAUCAUAAACCUCCCGUAGGUGCUCUCUACCCGAAUCAUUUUCGCUCGGCACAUUUACUCCCGCGUAAGCUCUUGGUCCAAGAUGGCCGAGGACCAGUUAGACGUGAGGAUACCUACGCGACGGCGACGAGCGAGUGAUGAUGAAGCAGAGGAGGCCGAAUUUCAUGACGCCGCCGAAUACGCAGCUUCAAUUGCCGACAGCCAUGGCCAAGAAGAGGAGCACGGAGAUGCGGAGUCGGCUGCUGAAGGCCGCGCUAGUGAGGAAAAUGCUGAAGUAGUAGGUGACCAAGAAGUCGGAGAGACAGAUGAUCAGCCCGAUGAUGAAGAUAAGGGUGACAAGAAGAAGGCGAAGCUGCGUGAGCCGUUCGAGGUGCCAACUUCUGGCGCGUUCUGGCUACAUGACGACCGGUUUGGCGAAGAACUUCAAGCGGAACCCGCAAGGCCAGGCAACCUCGCCGACCGCAAGGCGCGGAGCGACACGGAGGGUCGUUGGCUGCAUGACAAAUUCAGUACGCUGGAGCUUGGAGAGGACGCUGCUGACAAUGACUCCGACAACGCCUUCUCAAGCUUCAGGCGCGGGGGUAGCGGAAGAGGUCGCGGGGGUCGUCGUGGGGGCGACCGGGCACCGUACGCCGCAAGCAACCGUGGCCGGGGCCGUGGCGGCGGCUUCGAUGGCCGCGACGUCGCAGCAUCAGCAGCCGGCGCUAUCCCCAGCAUGGAAGACGCGCCAGAGGCACUUCCCCAGCGGCCCGCGCGACCGCGACGGGCGCCUGCCGCCGCCGCCGCUGCCUCCUCAGAUGACGACAGGGGCGCAGCAGCCGCCCCAGCGGCCCCUUUCAGCAGCGCAGCAGCAGCAGGUCGGGGACGAGGCAGGGGCGCGGGCCGCGGCCGUGGUGAGCGCGCCCUGUCACCAGAGGGCGACGGCGGUCGCGGCAGCGCGGAUCGGGCCUUCCCGGGGACUGUGUCCGGGCUGGAGGCAACAGGCGGAGGAAGGGGCUAUGGUCGUGGUCGCGGAGGCGGCAGGGACGCCGGGGGAGGCCGGGGCGAGG